AUGGUACAGUCUUCACCCGUGAGGACUCUUUUGCUGCUCCUUCUCCCUAUCCUGGCUCUCUUCCUCACCGCGACGCCAGGAAGAGCCUUCCCAGUGUCCAUCGAGGACGGUAAUGUCUUCACAGAGGAAAGCCUGGUCGAGAGGGACUGGCCGCACCCACUAAGCCAGCGCGAUGCACAUACUAUCCAUUCGGAUCCAAAUGGAGAUACCGUCCAUGUCACCUCUCUCAAGGCUCCAACCGCCGCCACUCUCACUUCCUACCGUGUCGGCGGAGGUGACAUUCCCACUUUUCGUGGAUUGACACCCACGCGGCCUCGACUGGCCCGCCGAGCCUACAUCAUUGUCCACGGUGUAAAGCGCGACGGGUCCGUCUACUGGACUCGAAAAGCGGGCAUUGCAGAUGAUGCGAAUUCGAUUCGUAUUGCUCCCGAAUUCCUCUCUACAAGAAUGGAUCCAAAAGUACGCACUGGCACUCGACUUGGCUGGGCAGAUCAAGAUGGUUGGUCAGGUGGAGAUGCAGCUACUGCUCCCGUCAAUGCCACUGCUAAUCUAGCUGCCAUAUUGGACUACUAUCUCGACUCUUUCUCAAACAAGGCCACUUACCCACUGCUGGACACCGUCGUCUUUGUAGGACAUGGAGCUGGUGCACAAGCAGUACAGCGCUAUGCCGUUCUAGGCAAAGACCCCUCUCGUGCCUCUUUAAAGGUGCGAUACGUAGUCGCCAACCCAUCCACCAAUCUCUACUUUACAAUCGAUCGACCUCAACCAGUGAACCCUGCCGCCUGUCCUUACUUCAAUGACUUCCGGUACGGGCUAGAAUCGUACGAUUCACCCUACCCAAAAACACUAAGUGAUGUCAAUCUCUUCAAACGAUACCUCUCUAGAGAUGUGCGCUACCUCGUCGGAGAUGCCGAUACGAAAGACGAUGAGGGAGAUCAGAAUUGUGCUGCGCUAGCGGCGGGUGGAGUGCAUCGACGAGAUAGGAACUUGGACUAUUGGGCUUACCUGCACCUCCUUAGUGGGACAGGGAGCGUGCCUAACACGAGCACAGGUACCUCCCUCUACCCAGUCAGUUCCUCUGAAAUUCAAGCCACUUUUCGUACAACGACGUUCAAUCACCAGCUUACAGUGGUUCCUAGAGUGGGACAUUCAGCGAGCAAGAUGCUUGGAAGCGUACAGGCGCUACGUGCCAUUUUUGGAAAGUAA